GCCGCCCGCGCCGCCGCCCUGCUGCUCGCCCUGCUGCUGCCUGCCCACGCCUCGCACCCAGUGCUGCUGAGAGCCCCGGAGGCUGCCCAGUUCCUGCAGCAGAGGCACCGUCGCGCCUACCAGAUCUUUGAGGAGACCAAGCAGGGCCACCUGGAACGGGAGUGCGUGGAGGAGCUGUGCAGCAAGGAGGAGGCCCGGGAGGUGUUUGAAAAUGACCCUGAAACGGAAUAUUUUUACCCGAAAUACUUGGCUUGUAUUCAGAAAUAUGGGUCACCGUAUACAAGGAGUCCAGAUUUCCUUACAUGCGUUCAUAAUUUACCAAACCAAUGUUCUCCUGACCCUUGUCAUAAAGAGGGGACUAUACAAUGUGAAGAUCUAAAGGGUGACUUCUAUUGCACAUGCAAAGAUGGUUGGCAGGGUCGAAAAUGUGAAAAAGAUGUUAAUGAAUGUGAUGUGCAGCAUGGGGGCUGUAACCAAGCCUGCCUCAACAAGCCCGGCAGCUACCGUUGUUCAUGCUACAAUGGCUAUGGUCUUCUUAAAGAUGGUAAAACAUGCGAAGACAUAGAUGAAUGCACAGUGUCAACAGGCAUCUGUGGAGAAGCUCGCUGUCAAAAUUUAAUAAGCUCGUAUGAAUGUCUCUGUGAUGCAGGCUACAAAUAUGAUGAAUUAAGGAAGUCUUGUCAAGAUGUAAAUGAAUGCGAACUGAAAUUCUGUGAGCAGACGUGUGUCAAUUUUCCAGGAAGUUACACCUGUCACUGUGAUGGCAGAGGGGGAGUUAAGCUUUCCCAGGACAUGAACACUUGUGAGGAUAUCAUACCCUGUGUGUCUUUUGCUGUUGCAAAAAGUGUUAAGUCUUUGUACCUGGGGAGAAUGUUCAGUGGAACCCCCGUUAUAAGAUUGCGCUUUAAAAGGAAACAACCGGCAAGACUUGUGGCUGAGUUCGACUUUAGAACCUUUGAUCCUGAAGGUGUCCUUUUCUUUGCUGGAGGCCAUCAAGACAGCACAUGGAUAGUCUUGGGUGUGCGCAAAGGGCGGUUAGAACUGCAGCUGAAGUACAAUGGCAUAGGUCGUGUGACCAGUAGUGGACCAGUUAUCAACCAUGGCAUGUGGCAAACGAUCUCUGUUGAAGAACUGGAAAGAAGCUUAGUUAUAAAGGUCAACAAAGAUGCAGUUAUGAAAAUAGCAGUUUCAGGGGAUUUAUUUACUUUUGACAAAGGAUUGUAUCAGCUGAAUUUAACAGUCGGAGGCAUUCCUUUCAAAACUAAAGACCUUGUUCAGCCUAUAAAUCCUCGGCUGGAUGGCUGCAUACGGGCAUGGAACUGGUUGAAUGGUGAGGAUACUACUAUCCAAGAAACAAUAAAGAUGAAUAAGAAGAUGCAGUGCUUUUCAGUGGCAGGACAAGGAUCCUUCUACCCAGGCAGUGGUUUUGCUCUAUUUAAUUUUAGUUACAUGCAACCACCUGCUGGAAAUGAAACUGAGCGGAAUUGGAAAAUACAAGUAAAUGCCAUCAUUCGGCCAGCAACAGACACUGGUGUGCUUUUUGCUUUGGUUAGUGCAGAAGAAUCAGUCCCUUUAUCAUUGGCACUGAUUGACUAUCACUCCACAAAGAAACUUAAACAACAGUUCAUCAUCUUGGCCAUGGAGACAACAGUUGUGUCCAGACUGGCAAUAAAUGUAUGUGAUGACAAGGAACACUCAGUGGAUGUCUCCAUCAAUAAGGAUCAACUGUCAUUUGCUGUGGAUGGGAUUGCAGGAGAGAGUGAAUUCAGCCAUUCCCAGCUAGAGGACAGUCUGGCUGUCUUGGAAAGCUAUCUGCAGUCAUCUGUGAAGACAUAUGUGGGAGGACUGCCAGCGGUUCCUGUCACUUCAACUCCAGUCACUGCUUUCUUCCAUGGCUGCAUGACUGUGAAAAUGAAUAAUAAGGCACUGGACUUAGACGAGGCUCUUUACAAGCACAGUGACAUCACAUCACAUUCUUGUCCUCCAGUUGCGGUUGGUCUGUAGGUACCACUACAAUGCAGAAGUUUUAUCUUCAAAAAAACUUUCAAUGCUUUUCUUUUUUUUAAAGAUAUAAAUUAUUCAGACUUCCCGCACUGUGUGUAUAGUUUCUCUUAAACACUGAAGUUCUGUAGGAGCUACUGAUCCUCAUGUCAGAUUGAUAAUUGAGAUAUUUCUUUGCUUUGAGGUUUAAAGUUUGUAAUAUAUUUGUAAAUAGUUCAGAAGACUAAUAUUAAUAAUCCAAAGCUACAAAUUAUGCUUAAGGUGAACGUUAUGUUAAAAGACAGGUGUCUGUAACCUGGAAAACCUGGUAAAUACAUGAGCAUGAACUGGAAGAAAAAACUAUAGUUCGGUAUUAUUUUUUAUUACCAAGCACUGCUUUCUGAUUUACAAAACAUGAAUAAAUAAAAUAUUUACAUAAAACUUUUUAACUUAA